AUGAUGUUAAGAUGUUUUUUAGAAAUGCGUAGAAAAAUAUUCUACAGUUUUGCUCAAUGGUGUUAUAUGUCUGAUCGAUGAUCGCUAAUUAUAAAACAUCGAUCCGAUCAAACGAAAUGGCUUGGUUUAGAGAACUCACAUACGCUUAAUGAGACUCUUUCGGUCCGUGACCUUAGUUCAGAAAAAGCUUUUCUGGGGAAAUAUGCAACAUUGUGCAUGGAGUUGAUAUCAAUAUCACAAGAUACCUCAUGUAAUAUUAUAGGGAUUGUUAUACUUCUUUUCAAUGUUUUGUUUUGUUGUUCUGUUUAAUGAGCUGCAUUAUUUUUCUUUGCUCCAAGGGAUCGAAAAUGCACGUUCUAUUCGUUAUUUUUCCAUUUGCCACUUUCCAAGCUGUUUGUAAUGGCUUCACGUACGGUGAACCUGAAGUAAAUCAUCUUGCUGCGAACACCUUUAGGGACGUACAUCGAAGACUGAAGCGUUCAUUGGGUAUGUAUGCAGAGUUCAAUUUGUCCUGAUCGUUGAAAUUUCCGACUUCAGCCCUCGCUCAUCUUGUAUUUAUUCACAGUGCCAGGAAUAAGAACUAUGAUUAAGUCUGAUUUUGGUGAAGAAAUAUUUCUUCCAAGUUAAUGAAUUUUGAGCAGUUCAGCGUGAUAUAUUAAAGUUAAUUAAGAAAAUAUAUUUAGUAAUUAGCACAGAGUCGGGAACAUGUAAUUCGGUAUCCUUCAUUAAAAUUUCGCAAACCUGAGCAAGAAGUCUGCAAGACAUGCUUAACGAUCAACAUUAGUAUGAAGAACAUACAACUAUUUAUUCUCAGGUUUGUUUCAGUAGUUUUAGCGCUUAGAAAUGUUACCGAUAUUGAGCAGGAAAUAAUUAACAAAGUAACUUUAAUUAAAGUAUUAGUGCUUGUGUUUGUUUGUAAAGAACUUCUUAUAUUUGAAGUCCAGUCCAAGAACUCGUUGGUCUCGGGUAAUCUGAAGGAACGGAAGAGCUUAACUUUUGAUCGGACUUUUUUCAGGAGCCAAAAUUCGCCACUUUAGAAACGAGAAGGAACCUGGGCCGAGUUAACUUUCGCAAAGGCUUCUGGGACUGUUGAUAGAGACAAAAAAAGAAAAACAAUUGGCCAAUAGCUGACUGGCGAGUCCCCAAUAACGAUCCCAGAAAGUCUCCCAGAAACAAUUGCGGGACAUAUAUCGGCUCCAGUUCCCUUCUCGUUUGUAACGUGCAGAAUGGUUGUGUGGCUGCAGACCUCGAAAAUGUAGCCAAUCACAGUGAAGCAGUAAUGAGUGAACCACUGCGACGACGGUACAGAAAACGUCCGUUUUCGUUUAUUUAAGCUUCAAAGUCUUUCUUGCCAGGUGUGGGCGAAUUUUAGCGUAGUUAAUUAUCAACUUUUUAGAGACCACAUUCAAGAUAAAUAAAAGAAAUAAAAAUUCGCCGUCAUUCGUUCGCGUCCUCCACAAAACUGAAAGUGAAAUGAGGCAAUUUCAUUUCGUAGUCGUGUGUUGCCGGCAACUGACAAAUGUACAAAAAGGGUGGUGCACGCCGACGUACAGUGUUUUUUUUAAUCAUAAACCAAUUGUUUCUUUUUUUUAAUACAACGUUCUCGCUGCAGUCGACGUCGUUCUUGCGAUAACUCCCUAUAUAAUAAAUCAUGCGGCUAUAUAUACUAGCCAUUUUACCUAAGGGCAAAUGACUGUUGCCCAAGGGGAAGCAACUGUUCGUGUGACCGAUUUUCCCGAGGUCAAACUGCCUUGGGCAAAUUUCCAUGGAUACGAAAAAAGGAACAAAAGAAUUCCUCAUGGCAGUUCCCGACUCGUAGUCCUUUGCUCCCGAUAGAACCUCCAGCCUCUUCUCUUGCCUCAAGUUCUCUCUUGAAAAUAUCAAACAGAUGAUCUGCCAGUCAUCAUCUCCUAUUUCUCUUAGAAAUCCUUAGAAUCUUUAGACAGCUUGUUCAUCAAGACAGAUGACAGCAAACCCCCUUAAAUUAUUUACGAGAUUUACAAGAUACACAGAUCAUCAACAUGGCUACAAGAACAGAACACGGUUUUCGCACACUUCCCUAGAGCACUUGCGAACUCCUAAGCCUUACGUUAUCGAGCAUAAACUUUUUACACAGAAAAUUUCCCGCGAAUCAGCAUUCAAGUAUUUUCUUCCCCUUGAGAAGUUUAUUGUCGUGUAACCGCAAACAUGAAAGUGAUCAUAACCAAAGCGAAUCCAACCCAAGUUAUUUCCCCAAGGAAAGCUUUGGGAGAAAGGUCUCUUGUUAAUGCACUUAACACGAGACUCAACAGCUGGCCAUUGGUUGACCAUUACCGAGUGAUUAAAAUGGUGAACAAAAUUCAGGGUACCUGAUCUCAAUCGCUUCUCUGAUGAAUAUCUUUAUCGUUAUUUCUUAGUGUGUGGUCCAGAACAGGUGGACAAAAUGCCGGGAUCAUGUGCACUUUACAAAACGUUUGGCUUCUGCACUGCAGCUUUACUUACACCAUUCAUGACAACAAGUUGUCCCGUAACUUGUAGAUUCUGUGGUAAGGCGAAUUGAUUAACAAAUUUCAGAAUGAAUAUUAACAUAUCUGAGAAUUGAGCUUGGUUUCUGUAAUGGAGCAAAGCUGCGCCGCAAUGAUCUUAAAGUGGGUAGUCACAUAUUGGAUAGGUUUCUGUUACUCUUCGUCGCAGUGAGAACGUUAGCUAUGGAGCGAGUGCCUGAAAUGUAUUUCAUGAAAGUAUCAUGCACACAAGAGAUAUUCAUAAAAUUCUUUUGAAAAAAAAGUAUCAAGCAACAAAGCUUGAUUAAUACUGUUGGAAAAUGUAUUCGAACUGAACUUACAAAAAAGACAAAGAAUCAGAAGAAUACAUGGUUCAAUGUUUCGGACUGCCAGGAGUUCACUGGUUUUUUGGACUUGUCACGCGCUAAAAACAUGGUUCGAGUUAUCGAGGGUAAAAUUAUUUAGAAAUGACCUGAAGGAAAACAACAUUUACUUCGAGUUAGCGGGAGGUUCGGGUUCAAGUAGAUCCCUUUUGAGACACCCUAAAUUAGCAGGAAGAUGAUAAGUUUCUAGCCUCUCUUUUGUUUUCAGUGCCAUGCAUACCAGACCAACGUCCGUUAUCGUUUUGUACACGUUAUAAAAGAUUUGGCUUUUGUGUAACAAGCAACCAGAGCAUUAAGCAAUUUAUGGAGACAAAUUGUUACAGCACGUGUGGAUUUUGUAUCGGUAAGAUUCAGAACAAAUAAUGAUAACAAUAAUGAUAACAAUAAUCCCAUUAUGAUGAAGAUUGAUGGCGUUACUUCUACACUGAGGUAGCCUAAUGCAUAAUCAUUUUUCCCUCUGAAAACAUCUACACCAACUACCUCAAGUACGUCAGCUCUUGAUUCAUAAGCAUAUCUAGAGUACUGGCUAAUGGGAAACUUGUGCAAAAAAUAUUUGGAUUGAAGUUAAUUCGUUUUCACUUCAUUGUUUUCAGUGCCUACAACCACGCCUGCCCCGACAACGACAUCUGAAGGUAAGAAAGAGAUAGUUAUUAGGCAAUAACUAGCAGUAGUGAUGAUGAUGGUGGUGAUGAUGAUCAUCAUAUAAUACAACUGGAGAGACGAAAAUAUAACUAUGAAAAGCUUAUAGUACUAGUUAACAAGAAAAUUCCCUGUAUUUCAUAUGCAAAAAAAUUGGAUUGAGGUUUAUUUAUUUUCAUUGUUUUCAGUGCCUACAACCAUGCCAGCACCGACAACGACGCCUGAAGGUAAGAAAGAUAGAAAUAUUUAUUAACCAAAAACUAAGAAGCGAUGAUGAUGAUAUUUUAAUUGGGGAAUCUCGUCUUAAGUUUUAAUGCAUACCAUAUGUAGUGUUAAUUAAGGAGGAAGUUCCUGGUUUGUCUUGUUGCAAGAACAUUUGGAUUGAAGUUUAUUCGUUUUCACUUCAUUGUUUUCAGUGCCUUCAACCGUGCCUGCUCUGACAACGAAACCUGAAGGUACUAAAGGGUUAUUUAUUCGACAAUAACUGACAGUGGGGAUGAUGGUGAUGAUGAUGAUGAUGGUGAUGAUGAUGAUGAUAAUGUUGACGAUGAUAAUGAUUAUGAUUAUGAUGAUGGCUGUAUAGUGUAACAGGAUAGAUGACAACAACAGUCGGCAAUGCUCAUGUUACUAGUUAAAAAAUAUCCUGUUUGCAAAUAUUAUUUGGAUUGCAUAUUGUUCGUUUUCACUUUUCAGUGCCUACAACUAUGCCAUCACCGAUAACAACUCCUGAAGGUAAGAGAGAGAUACUUAUUAAACAAUAACGGAGGUAAUGAUGAUGAUAUAAUGAUAAUGAUGAUGAUGAUGAUGAUGAUGAUGAUGAUGAUGAUGAAAAUAAAACAGAAGAGAGUCGACUUUAGUAUGAAAUGAAAACACAUGAAGUAUUUUAAGAAGGAAGCUCCUGGGUUGUCUUGUGCUAAAAAAUAUUUGGAUUGAAGUUUUUUCGUUUUUAAUUCAUUGUUGUCAGUGCCUACAACCAUGCCUGCCCCGACUACAACGCCCGAAGGUAAGAAAGAGAUAUUUAGCACACAGUAAAUAUCAAUAAUUGUUCAGCUUGGAAUGUGGCGUGCCUCAGGGUUUCUGUCUAGGUCCCAUACUAUUUACGCUGUAUAGGAGUAAGCUCUCUGAGACCGUCAAAACUCAUCUGCCUGAAGUUCAUUGUUAUGCAGAUGAUACACAGGCUUACAUUUCGCUAGUCAGGCCAGCUUUCAGCCUAAAAAGGCAUGGAAAAUCGUGGAUAUUCGUUUUUGGAUGACAAUCUUAAAUUGAACAUCGACAGGAGGACUGAAUUUCUCAUUAUUGGCACACCAUGACAGCUGGAAAAGGUCGACAUCACGAGUAUCUGCGUGUUUAACCCUGACAUUCAUCCCAUUCCCACUGCAAGGAAUCUCAGUUCAUGGUUUGACUCUGGGCUGUUCAUGUCUAAAUAAACAUAUUACAAAGAUCUGUGGCUCUGCAUUUUUCUAUUUGUCCAACAUACGACACAUCAGGAAUUAUCUCUCACAAACGUCGACCGAGAGACUCAUUCAUGCAUUCGUAUCCAGUUGUCUUGACUACUGCAACAGGUUAUUACAUGACCUGCCUGAUUUCUUACUAAAUAAGCUACAACGUGUAUAGAAUGCUUGUGCUUGACUGAUUUUUAAUGAACGCCGCUUAUUAUGGAGUUACACUGGUUACCAAUUAGAUCUAGAAUUGAGUUAAAAUUCUUUUGAUUAAUUUUAAGAUUCUUCGUGGUUUAGCCCCGUCUUAUUUAUCAUCUCCUAUUACUCUUAGGCGUCCAUCACGAUACAAUCUUAAAAAUUCCAAUGAUAAUCUUUUACAGCGGAACCCCGCCUUACGGCCAUCUCGGUAAUACAGUCACCUCGUUAUUACGGCCACUUUUUUUGGCCGCCCUGCAAAACGACCAUACGUUUUCUUGUAAAAAAAAAACGUCGUUAAUACGGGCACCCGUUAAUACGGCCAAUUUUUUGCCCCAUUGGUGACCGUAUUAACAGGGUUCCACUGUAGCGAUAUAGAUGAUGACAAUAUAAUGAAACUGGAGAGUCUGGACAACAGUCAAAAUUCCAAAUACAUGUAAUGUUAUAGUUUAGAAGGAAUUACCCUGUUUGUUCUGUUCCAAAAAAUAUUUGGAUUGAAGUUUAUUCGUUUUCAAUUCAUUGUUUCAGUGCCUACAACCAUGCCUGCCCUGACAACUACCCCUGAAGGUAAGAAUUACAGAUUUAUUUAUUACAUAAUAACUAACAGUAGGGAUGAUGAAAAGAAAAUAUAUGACUGCUUACUUCAAAUUCUUUAAUUUUACAAACAAACGACUAUCCUGAUCUAACUAUCUUAUUAGGAUAAAUGCAACAUAUUCAAAAUCGUCCGUACUUCACCCACUUUUUAUCUUUGCGAUCAUCUUAAUAGUGUACUUGUAAACCUCUGACUUAUAUUCUGUAUUCCAGUUAAUCUCGGCAAUGGUUUUAACGUAUUAAACCUUUCUUCUUAUAUAUUUAUAUAAGCUUAAAUAACUUUUUGUUGACCUGUUAAUAUAAUACCAUUUGAAGUGCGUAUUUUGUUUUAUAUGGACACUACUCACCUAGACUAGCCUUUGCUAUUUGUGCGCAGUGAGAAAAUUAAAUUGUAAAUAUCUUAAUGAGCCAAUAAAUGAAAUGAAACUGAUGAUGAUGAUGAUCAAAUAAUACAAAUGGAUAGACGUCGACAUCAGUCUUCAAUGUUAAUGCUUCUAAAUAAUGAGGAACUUUGCAGUUUGUCUUGUGAAAAGAUUAUCUGGAUGAAACAAUUUUUCAUUUAACUUCAACGUUUUCAGAGCCUACAACCACGCCUCCCCCGACAACGACUACUGAAGGUAAAAAAAGAGAUAUUUAUUAAGCAGCAACUAAGGAAAUGAUGAUGAUGAUGAUGAUGAUGAUGAUGAUGAUGAUGAUAAGACAGAGGAGUCUCGACAUCAAUAUGAAAUGCAUAUACGUGUAUAGUAUUAUUUAAGAAGGAAGUUCCUGGUUUGUCUUGUGCAAAAAAAAAUAUUUUACUCGUUUUCACUUCAUUGGUUUUAAUGCCUACAACCAUGCCUGCCCUGACAACGACACCUGAAGGUAAGAAAGAAAUAUAUUUAGCACCAAGUGACUAACAGUAGGGGUGAUGAUGAUAUAAUACAAUUGGAUAAACGAAAACAUCAGUCUAAAAUGCUUAUGUUUAUUCAUUUUCGUUGGUUUUAGUGCCUACAACAUUGCCUGCCCCAACAACGACACCUGAAGGUAAGAACGAGAUAUAUUUAGCGCACAGUAACUAACAGUAGGUUCGAUGAUGAUGAUGAUGAUGAUGAUAUAAUACAAUUGGAUAGACGAAAACAUCAGUCUAAAAUGCUUGUGGUACUAGUUAAGAAGAAAAUUCUCAGUUUGUCUUAUGCAAAGUCUAUCUGGAUUGAUGUUUAUUGAUUUUCGUUGUUUUUAGUACCUACAACCAUGCCUGCCCCAACAACGACACUUGAAGGUAAGGACGAAAUAUAUUUAGCGCACAGUAACUAACAGUAGGUUCGAUGAUGAUGAUGAUGAUGAUGAUGAUGAUAUAAUACAAUUGGAUAGACGAAAACAUCAGUCUAAAAUACUUGUGGUGCUAGUUAAGAAGGAAAUUCUCAGUUUGUCUUAUGCAAAGACUAUUUGGAUUGAUGAUUAUUGAUUUUCGUUGUUUUUAGUGCCUACAACCAUGCCUGCCCCAACAACGACACUUGAAGGUAAGGACGAAAUAUAUUUAGCGCACAUUAACUAACAGUAGGUUCGAUGAUGAUGAUGAUAUAAUACAAUUGGAUAGACGAAAACCCCCUCGAAAAUGCCUAUGGUACUAGUUAAGAAGAAAAUUCCCAGUUUGUCUUAUGCAAAGACUAUUUGGAUUGAUGUUUAUUCAUUUUUCGUUGUUUUUAGUGCCUACAACCGUGCCGACACCGACAACGACCCCUGAAAGUAAGAAGGAAAUAUUUAUUAAAUAAUGACUAAAUUAGCAAAGUAGAUAGUGAUUAUAUUAUAAAACUUGAGAGUCUCGACAUCAGUCUAAAUGGAAAAUACAUGUGGUAUUAGUUAAGAAGAAAGAUCCCAGUUUGUCUCGUGCAAAAAAAUAUUUGGAUUGAAUUUAAUUCGUUUCUACUUCAUUGUUUUCAGUGCCUACAACCAUUCCAGCACCGACCACGACACCUGAAGGUGAGAAAGAAAUAUUUAUUAAACAAUAUUUUACAGUGCGAAAGAUGAUGAUGGUGGUGAUGAUAAACACUUUGAUACAAUACAAAUGGAUAGGCGACUACAUCAGUCUGUAAUGUUUAAUAUACUUCUAAUUAACAAGGAAAUUCCCAGUUUGUCUUAUGCAAAUAAAUUUUGAACUUCGUUGCUUUCAGUGCCUACAACCAUGCCAACACCGACAACGUCGGCUGAAGGUAAGAAUUGGUAAUAUUCAUCAAACAAUAAGAUAAUUAGCAAUUAUUGAAUGAGGCUGAGUAGGAAGAAUUCUGCAGAUCAAGGAGGGUGUUGUCUACCGAGGCCGAAGGCGGAGGUGGAUAACACCCUCCGAGAUCUGCAGAAUUCUUCAUAUCCUGCGUUAGCAUCCUGUGAUAGCCGAAUUCAAUAAUUGCAUUAUUAUUCAUUCAAAAUAAUUCCAACUUUAAAAACAAGCUAAAAAUGCGUACCUCGGUCGAUAUUAAGUUCACAUCGAUAGUGCAUCUUUUUCGGGAAAUUUAGCAGAAAAAGGUCUGCUCAGGUCUGCAAAUAUACUCCAAAUAGCAGAUGUUGUCCGUCGAGUUGACUUCUCGCUGUUCUUGCUAUGUUUUUGGACAAUACUUCGCCGUGAAACGAGUACAAUUUCCGCACGCCAUUUCCGCCAUUUUGUUUAAACCGAUGACGUCAUUUUGACGUCAUCGGUUCAAUAUGACAGGUCAGCCGCUGGUUAUGGUGAAUUAUGCGUGUGGUUUUAUCCAAUCAGAAACAGGGAAAUAUUUUGAAUGAAUAAUAAUGAUGAUUAAUACUUCUUGAGAGACGAAAAUAUCAGUCCGAAAUGCUUAUAGUACCACUUGUGAAGAAAAUUCUUAGUUUGCCUUGCCCGAAAAAUAUUUGGGGUUAAGUGCCUACAAGUAUGCCAGUAUCGACAACGACGCCUGAAGGUAAGAAAGAAGUAUCUAGUACACAAUAAUUAAUAGUAGGGAAGAUGGUGAUUUUGAUGAUAAACACGAUAAUAUACUACAACUGGAGAUAGGACUACAUCGUUCUGUAAUGUUUAUACUUCUAAAUAAAAAGGAAAUUCCCAGGUUUGUCUUCUGCAAAUAAUAUUUGAAGUGCGUGUUUUGUUUUUGUUGUGUCUUUUCAUUGUUUCAGUGCCUACAACCAUACCAGCACCGACAAAGACGCCUGAAGGUAAGAAUUGGUAAUAUUUAUUAGAUAAUAUAACAGGCCGUAUUGAUGACGAUAAUAAUAAUGCGAUGAUGAUGAUGAUGAUGAUGCCUAACACUUCCAAAGACACGAAAAUAUCAGUCCGAAAUGCUUAUAGUACUAGUUAAGAAGAAAAAUUCUAGUUUUAUCUUGCGCAAAAAAUAUUUGGAUUGCGGUUUAUUCAUUUUCAUUGUUGGCUGUGCCUACAACUCUGCCAGCACCGACAGCGACUCCUGAAGGAAAGAAAGACAAAACAAUAAGUAAAGUAGCGAUGAUGGUGAUGAUGAUGAUGAUCGUGAUAUUAUAGAACUGAAGAGUCUCUAUAUCUGUCUAAAUAGCAAUACUUGUAGUAUUAGUUAAGAAGGAAUUCCCAGUUUGUCUAGUGCAAAAAAUAUUUGGAUUCAAUUUAAUUUUUCAUUGUUUUUAGUGCCUACAACCAUGCCUGCCCCGACCACAACGCCUGAAGGUAAGAAUUAGUAAUAUGUAUUUAUUGGACGGCAUUAAUGAGAAUGAUGAUAAUGAUGACGACGAUGAUAACGAUGAUGAUGGCUAAUACUUCUGGAGAGACGACAGAAUCAGUCCGAAAUGCUUAUACUUUACUCGUUAAGAAGAGAAUUAUUGGGACUAAGGUUGAUUCGUUGUUUUCAGUGCCUACAACCAUGCAAACACCGACAACGACGCCUGAAGGUAAGAAAGAAGUAUCUAGUACACAAUAAUUAAUAGUAGGGAAGAUGGUGAUAGAGAUGAUAAACACCAUAAUAUAAUACAAUUGGAGAUAGGACUACAUCGUUCUGUAAUGUUUAUACUUCUAAAUAAAAAGGAAAUUCCCACUUUGUCUUCUGCGAAGAAUAUUUGACCUGAGUUUUUUGUUUUUGUUUUGUUUUUUCGUUGUUUUCAGUGCCUACGACCAUGCCUGCACCGACAAAGACGCCUGAAGGUAAGAAUUGGUAAUAUUUUUGAACAAUAACCGACCGUAUUGACGAUAAUGAUAAUGCGAUGAUAAUGAUGAUGAUGAUGAUGAUGACGAUGAUGACUAACACUUCUAAACAGAUGAAAAUAUCAGUCCGAAAUGCUUAUAUUACUCUAAGAAGAAAAAUUCUAGUUUUAUCGUGCGCAAAAAAUAUUUGGAUUGCGGUUUAUUCAUUUUCAUUGUUGGCUGUGCCUACAACUGUGCCAGCACCGACAACGACGCCUGAAGGUAACAAAGACAAAACAAUAAGCAAAGUGGUGGCGGUGUUUAUGAUGAUGAUCACAAUAUUAUAAAAAUGAAGAGUCUCGAUAUCAGUCUAAAUUGCAAUAUUUGCAGUAUUAGUUAAGAAGGGAUUCCUAGUUUGUCUAAUGCAAAAAAUAUCUGAAUUUCUUUUUUUUUCCAUUUAUUGUUUUUAGUGCCUACAAGCAUGUCUUCCCCGACAACAAUGCCUGAAGGUAAGAAUUAGUAAUAUUUAUUUGACUGCAUUAAUGAGAAUGAUGAGAAUGAUGACGACGAUGAAACGAUGUUGAUGGCUAAUACUUCUGGAAAGAAAACAGUAUCAGUCCGAAUUACUUAAUAUACAUUACUCGUUAGACUAAGAGAAUUUUUGGGACUACACUGUUUUCAGUGCCCACCAUCAUGCCAGCACCAACAACGACUCCUGAA